AUGUUCCUGCACGUCACGAAUGCUGUCCAAGAUGCGUUAUGUGAUGCUUGGGUCACGGAGAGUGUGACCGUGACGGGCUUGCCCCGUGUUUCUCUCCAUCGCCGCCACAAUUGGCACAUCUCGUCGUUUCUGCGUGUGCAGUGA